GCCAAGCAAAUAAGACACGCCAAAUAUCUAUUCAAAGUGCACAUCGUAAUUUCUAAUUGAGUGUCAAGUUUAGAGAUGAAAACGAAAAUACUAAUACUGCUGCCUUUGGUGCAAUCAAUUCUUCUAUUUGGAUUUCUAAAAGCUAGUUGCCCCGUAUACCUGACCAUUUCUCCAAAUGGCAAAGCCCUGUAUGACUCCUCUCUGGAGGUCAAUUGGGGUCCCGAUUGCUAUGGACCACCGCAGUGGAUUGGCAUCUACGCUCAGGAUCCAACCAUUUCCAACUUCCAGCCCGAACUCUUGAUUCCCAGAGUGGCAAUUGUCAACAAAACGGGAAAAAUAAUCACACAGAUUAAGUUGGGAAAGCUACACUUUCCGGGGGGCUGGAAUCGACAAGACACAAGUGAUCCGCCAGCCACACGUUAUCCCACAGGCAAGUGUCUGCCGCACUAUGUGGCCAGCUACAAUGGGACCGAGCUCCUAACCGUCGACUGCCUGAAGAUUCAACCGAAUUGGAUGGCCCAAAAUAAGGAUGUGAGUCGAAUGCCGCUGAAGAAUAUGUUCCUGCCAGGGACUCAUGCCUCGGGCGCUGUUGUGAAUCGAACCAGCAAGUCGGUGCUCAUCAAGGAUUAUCUGCAGGCUCAGCUUUUCGAUGUGUGGUCUCAGCUGGUCUUUGGCAUACGCUAUUUGGAUUUUAGUGUGGGUUAUAAAAACAUGGCCACCAACGACGAUAGCGACAACUUUUGGUUAGUCAACGAGAAUAUGUUUCUGCAGCCUCUGGUUGGAGUUCUGCGGGAUGUCCUUCGAUUUGUCAAGAGAUCCGGUGAGAUGGUGGUGCUGGAUUUCAGCAGCUUUCCUAUUGGAUUCUACAAGCACCCGGAAAUCUACAGAUCGCUGUUCUAUCUUAUACGUCGAGAGUUGGGCGAUGAGGCCUACCAACGUAAUGUAACCACAAACGAGCUCUGUGCCAAUCGGAAUCUGCAGGACCUCCUAAGGCAGAACCGUCAUGUGAUGAUACUGUUUCCCACACAGGAACUGCCACAUCCAGAGAAUGAAUCCAACUUGAUCUGCCCCCCUUGGCUGCGCUUCAGCACCAGCUUCAUGAACAUGUCACAAACCCUGGACUACAUGCGACUCUUGUUUAGCAGGAAGCCAGAGUCGCCUGUAAAGGAUGAUGGCUGGAUAUUCACAGCGGUGAGAAGCAUGGAGCAGACCCUUAACUCCCACAAACUGCAGACGGCCAAGGAGCGGGCGGCUGUUUUGAAUCCCAAGGUCAACCAAUGGUUAAAGGGACCUUGGGGCAACAAUGCCAAUGUGGUGGCCAUGGACUAUUUUAGCAACACAAAUCUAGUGGAUUUGGCCAUUCAGCUGAAUGCCCACAAGGCCUUUCUCAUGGCCAACGAGGAUUAUGUGAAUUUGGAAAUUUUAAAUUUGUGUUAGGAAACAGAAAAUAUUUAACAAUUGAUAUUUUAAUAAAGAUUAUAAGGAGAAUUUAAUUUUA